AUGUCGGUCUCUUUGAUCGAACAUCCUGAAACUAUGGAUGAAACCGGUCGACCUAAGCAAGGCGGUUUACUGGAUCCACGUAUGGGAACUAUUGAUAGAAAUUUUAAAUGCCAAACUUGUGGAGAGGGCAUGUCAGAGUGCCCUGGUCACUUUGGUCAUAUAGAACUCGCUAAACCUGUGUUUCACGUUGGAUUUCUACCAAAAGUCAAAAAGAUCUUGGAGUGUAUCUGUCUUAAUUGUGGUAGAUUGAAAACUGACGAAGUGAUUUGGGAUAUUUGUAAAACAAAAAUGAUUUGUGAACGAGGUGAAAACAACGAGAAUGAGAAUGAGAAAAGCAAUGAUAUCGAAGAAAUUGAUACAUCCAUCAUAAAGCCAAUUCAACAAUUACCUAUAACUGAUGAAGAUUUAGGGCUAGGUAAAAGAAAGAAAUCACAUAAUGGUUGUGGUUCUCGUCAACCUAUUGUCCGUAAAGAUGGUUUAAAAUUAUACAUUUCAUAUAAAAAUAGAGAAGGCGAUGAACAAGCAGCUGCUCAAGACACUAGACAGCCUUUUACACCCAGUCAGGUACAUGCCUUAUUCAAAAAAAUACCAUCACAAGAUCUUGUAGCCAUGGGUCUCAAUGAAGAUUUUGCUAGGCCUGAUUGGAUGAUCAUCACAAUACUUCCUGUUCCACCUCCACCUGUUCGUCCAAGUAUACAAGUUGAUGGAUCCGGUAGAGGUGAAGAUGAUUUAACUCAUAAAUUAUCAGACAUAUUAAAAGCAAGCCAAAAUGUAAGACGUUGCGAAACCGAAGGACAUCCUAACCAUGUAUUAAACGAAUUCGAAGCAUUGUUACAGUUUCAUUGUGCAACCUAUAUGGAUAAUGAAAUAGCUGGACAACCCCAGGCAUUACAAAAAUCGGGUAGACCAUUAAAAUCCAUAAGAGCUCGUUUAAAGGGUAAAGAAGGUCGUCUUAGAGGAAAUCUUAUGGGUAAACGUGUAGAUUUCUCUGCUCGUACAGUAAUUACUGGUGAUCCAAACAUAUCGGUUGAUGAAGUUGGUGUACCUCGUAGCAUAGCUCAAAAUUUAACAUUUCCAGAAUUAGUAACGCCUUUUAAUCUUCCACAUUUACAAAGUUUGGUUGAACGAGGCCCUACCGAACAUCCUGGUGCUAAAUAUGUUAUAAGAGAUACAGGCGAAAGAAUAGAUCUCAAGUACACAUUAAGCUCAGCCUCUAGUGUUAGACUACAAUUAGGUUGGAAAGUGGAACGUCAUAUUAACGAUGGUGAUAUAGUGAUAUUUAAUCGUCAGCCGUCAUUACAUAAAAUGUCAAUGAUGGGACAUAGAGUUCGUGUGAUGCCAUAUUCAACAUUUCGAUUAAAUUUAUCCGUGACAACUCCUUAUAAUGCUGAUUUUGAUGGUGAUGAGAUGAAUAUGCAUGUUCCUCAAUCCGUCGAAACCAAAGCUGAAAUAUCCGAAAUUUGCAUGGUACCAAAACAAAUCGUAUCGCCCCAAUCGAAUAAACCAGUCAUGGGUAUUGUGCAAGAUACUUUAUGUGCUGUUCGUAAAUUCACAAAAAGAGAUUGCUUUUUAACAAAGGAUCUUGUGAUGAAUAUAAUGAUGUGGGUAUCUAACUGGGAUGGAAUCCUUCCUAUACCAUGUAUCAUAAAACCAUAUCCUUUAUGGACUGGUAAACAAAUUCUAAGCAUGAUCAUACCUAAGGGUAUAAAUUCUGACAAUCUUCGUCAUUCUACUCAUCCUGACAACGAGAAUACAGAUAUUUCACCUGGUGACACUAGAGUAGUAAUAGAAGAUGGUGAAUUGCUUUGUGGUAUAGUUUGUAAAAGAACUGUUGGAACAUCCCAACAAGGAUUGGUCCAUGUAAUAAUGCAAGAAUUAGGCCCGGAGAGAGCCAAAGAAUUUUUAAACGGUUGUCAAGCUGUUGUGAAUCAAUGGCUUUUACAAAAUGGAUUUAGUAUAGGAAUAGGUGAUACAAUAGCAGAUAAAGAAACCAUGGUAACAAUUACACAAACUAUUGAUGCAGCUAAACAACGAGUACAUAAAAUCAUUAUAGAUGCUCAAAAUAAUAAAUUAGAAUGUUUACCUGGUAUGACAAUAAGAGAAACAUUUGAAAGCAGGAUUAAUAAAGAAUUGAAUACAGCUCGUGAUUCUGCGGGUAGAAGCGCCGAGAAAAGCUUACGUGAAGAUAAUAAUGUUAAACAGAUGGUAAUCGCUGGUUCAAAAGGAUCUUUCAUUAAUAUUUCUCAGAUGACAGCUUGUGUCGGACAACAGAAUGUUGAGGGUAAACGUAUACCUUUUGGUUUUAAAUUUCGUACUUUGCCACAUUUUACAAAAGAUGAUCAUAGUCCAGAAAGUAGAGGUUUUGUAGAAAAUUCCUAUUUACGAGGUUUAACACCACAAGAAUUCUUCUUUCAUGCUAUGGGUGGUCGUGAAGGUUUAAUUGAUACUGCCGUCAAGACUGCAGAAACUGGUUAUAUCCAACGUCGAUUGGUAAAAGCGUUAGAAGAUGUAAUGGUGAAGUAUGAUGGAACAGUGCGUAAUUCAUUGGGUGAUAUAUUACAAUUCUGUUAUGGUGAAGAUGGAAUGGAUGCUUGUUUUGUUGAACCCCAAACUCUUGACACAUUACAAUUGUCAAAUGAUGUUUUCGAUAAUAAAUAUAUGAUUGAAUUGCCAAAAGAACCAGAAAAGGACAAAACAAAAGAAGGAACAGAAAAUCUUGAUGACAAACCGAAAAAAUCACUUGAACAAUCUGUUAAAGAUAAAAUAAUUUCUGAAUAUAAUCAAUUAAAAGAAGAUAGAAGAAUGUUACAAACAUUUAUAUUUCCUAAUGGUGACAAUAGGUGGCCAUUGCCUGUUAAUAUAAAAAGACUUAUAAAAAACGCACAACAAAAAUUCAAUAUAAGAAACUCACAGAAAAUAGCAUCUAACCUUCAAUAUGUUGAGGUGAUCUCCAGUGUUGAGGAAGUAAUCAAGAGAUUAAAAGUAAUUAAUGGAACUGAUAAGAUUAGCGAAGAAUCGCAGGAAAAUGCCACAUUACUUUUCAAAAUUUUGCUGAGGUCAUGGUUAUCCAGUAGACGCGUUAUUGAAGAAUAUCAUUUAAAUCAACAGGCUCUGCAAUGGGUAUUGGGUGAGAUAGAAUCACGUUUUAGAAAGGCACUGGUAGCUUCAGGCGAAAUGGUUGGUACAAUAGCUGCACAAUCAAUUGGUGAACCUGCAACGCAAAUGACUUUAAACACUUUCCAUUAUGCUGGUGUGUCAAGUAAAAAUGUUACGCUUGGUGUACCUCGUCUAAAAGAAAUCAUCAACGUCGCCAAAAAUAUAAAAACACCAUCUGUGCAUAUUUUCCUUAUUGAUAAUUAUUCACGAGAUGAGUACUUGGCAAAAGAAAUUCAAAGUAUUAUUGAAUACACAACAUUAAAAACCGUCACACAAAAAACAGAAAUUUGGUACGAUCCUGAACCAUUUUCUUCAUUAAUAGAGACCGAUAAAGAUUUCGUGGAAUUGUUUUUCCAGAUGGAAGAAAAUAACAACCACAAUUCUUCAACAGGAUACCAAUCACCAUGGGUUCUACGUUUUGAACUUAAUCAUUCAGUUUUACUUGAUAAAAAAUUGCCUAUGGAUGUGGUUGGUCACAAGAUACAAGAAGAUUUUUCUAGAGAUAUACAUGCAAUUUGGAAUGAUGAUAACAGUGACAUGAAGAUUAUUCGUUGUCGAAUAAUAAGUGAACCGGGUACAACAAAAGAUCAUAUUGAAGAGGAGAAUGGAACAAAGAUUGAGGAAGAUGUAUUUUUAAAACGUGUGGAAAACAAUAUGUUAAAUACUAUCGGUCUUAGAGGUAUCAAAAAAAUCAAUCGGGUGUAUUUGAUUGAAAGUCAAAAAACACGCAUUUAUGUCAACAAUGAGGGUAAAAUAACUAAGGAAAAUGAAUGGGUACUGGAAACUGAUGGGUCAAAUUUACAAGAGGUUUUGAAUGUUCCAAAAGUUGAUUAUACACGUACAUAUUCAAAUAACUGUGUGGAAAUUAUGCAAGUAUUGGGUAUUGAGGCUACUCGUGCUGCCUUAUUAAAAGAACUUCGUGGUGUUAUUGAGUUUGAUGGAUCAUAUGUGAACUAUCGUCAUUUGGCACUUUUAUGUGAUGUGAUGACUUCUCGAGGUCAUCUAAUGGCAAUAACACGUCAUGGUAUAAAUCGUGCUGAGACAGGUGCAUUGAUGAGGUGUUCUUUUGAGGAAACAGUAGAAAUAUUAAUUGACGCAGCAGCAGUUGGUGAAGUAGAUGAUUGUAAAGGCGUAGCGGAAAAUAUAAUGUUGGGUCAAGUGGCUCCUUUGGGUACAGGUGAAUUUGAUGUAUAUUUGGAUCAAGAAAUGUUGAAGAACACUCCUCCUGUUGGUGAAAGAAGAAUGAUAACUGGUGAAACCACCGAAGAAAUCCAACAUCCUAUUAAAAAUAAUCUUGGUGCCAUGACACCACGUAUAACGUCUAGUAUGACUCCAUAUAUUUUAGGUGCUCAAUCGCCUGGAGGUUAUGGCUCAACACCAAUGUAUAUUAGUCCUAAAUCGCCUAGAAUUGAUCAACCUUCUUCUCCAGCAUUUUCGCCACUUUUGGACUCCGGUAGUGGUAAACCUGUUAUGGUUGGGGCAGGAUUAUACGGAUGGAAUGAACAGGCAAGUCCUAUGUAUGGACCAACAUCUCCACAAUAUUCACCAAGUUCACCUAUUCCAGCACAAAUAUCAUCAUUCACUCCCACUAGUCCUGCGUAUAGCCCUACAAGUCCAACCUAUUCACCUACAAGCCCUACAGGAGGUUACAAUAUUAUGGGUGGUGUAUCAACGAAUAUGCCAAUUGUUACACCAUACAGACAACAAAUUGGAACUAGCCCAUCAUAUUCUCCAACCAGUCCAUCAUAUUCGCCUAAUUCACCUAGCUAUUCACCAACAUCUCCAAGUUACACUCCAACAUCUCCAAAUUAUACUCCAACAUCUCCAAAAUAUUCACCCACCACAUCAAAUUAUUCACCUACUUCACCAAGUUAUUCACCAACAUCACCUAAUUAUACACCAACAUCACCAAGAUAUUCAUCUACUGCUCCUUCUGCACAUUAUUCACCAACAUCACCAACAUAUUCGCCCACCUCACCAAAUUAUUCACCCACCUCACCAAGUUACUCGCCAACAUCACCUAAUUAUACACCAACAUCACCAAGAUAUUCAGCUACUGCUCCUUCUGUGCAUUAUUCACCAACAUCACCAACAUAUUCACCAACGUCACCAAGUUAUUCACCAUCGUCGCCUCAUUAUUCACCGUCAUAA